AUGUCAGGCAAUGCUGAAUUUCUAUCGAAUUGGCGCACAACACGAGGCGUCCAGGUCGGCGACGAUACCGAUGGAAUAGCCAACAAGGCUAAAAGCAUGUUCAGUGCGUUCACGGAUAGAGUGCAAGAGGGAUACAACUCAGCAUACAAUGCCCUCCCAUUGCAUAAUCAAGAUCUCGAUGCACAGCAGGAGCCUUCCUGGUUUAAGCUCUCGAGAUUCGAACGUCUCGUGUGCUUUUUCUGUUUUAUUGCCGGCUCGAUAGUGUGUUUUGGUCUGGGAAUACUGCUAUUCCCUGUUUUGACGUUAAAACCUCGCAAAUUUGCCAUGUUAUGGACUCUGGGCUCGAUCCUGUUUGUGCUAAGCUUUGGAUGUUUGCAAGGACCUGUGGAUUAUUGUAAACAUCUUGUAUCCAAGGAAAGACUGCCUUUUACAGUGGUGUUUUUUGGCAGCGUUUUGAGCACGUUGUACUGCGCAGCGAUCUUAAAGUCGACAAUUCUCACUCUCAUCACGGGAAUCAUUGAGAUAUUUGCUGUUCUCUACUACACAUUGAGUUACUUCCCGUUCGGAGCGCAAGGAUUUCAAAUGGUGGCCACAAUGGGACUUCGACAGUUCAGUAGUGUUUUCGGGUUUUAG